AACAUACCUGCUUACGACUUCCACCAGAAAACCUCAAAAUUCCAAACAUUGCUUUCCUCUUGACAUCCAUGUCCAAUCUCCCAUGGCCUCCUCAUCCUCUUCCGUGACCAGAACCCCAACCCUUGAUUCCACCCACCUCUUCCUUGACGCCCUCGUCGCCUUCUCCCACCAACCCAACCCUCCCCAUCCCUCUUUCCCUCCAAUUCCCUCCACAUUCCCUCACUCCAAACUCAUCCCCAAAACCCGUUUCGCCGUCGAUGCAUUCCGCCACGCCGGCGAUCACUCCGUCUCUUACUUCCUCUCCCAUUUCCACUCCGAUCACUACGGCGGCCUCUCCCCCAAUUGGGCUAAAGGCGUCGUCUUUUGUUCUCCGAUCACCGCCCGUCUUCUCACUGAGGUGCUCAAGGUCUCUCCUCAUUUCGUUGUCGCUCUGCCGCUGGGCGAACCCGUUGUAAUCGAUGGGGUGAAGGUUGUGCUGAUUGACGCUAAUCACUGUCCGGGUGCGGUUCAGUUCUUGUUUAAAAUUCCGGAUAUGAACGGAAAGUUUGAGAGGUAUGUUCAUACUGGCGAUUUUAGGUUUUCGGGUUCGAUGAAGUUGGACCCUUUUCUGUGUGAAUUUGUGGGUUCCGAUGCUGUUUUCUUGGACACUACGUAUUGUAAUCCGAAAUUCGUGUUUCCUUCACAACAAGAGUCUGUAGAUUAUAUUGCUAGUGUGAUAGAACGAGUUGGGGGUGAAUGUAAAAGUGAAAUGAAAAAUGUUUUGUUUCUUGUAGCUACUUAUGUAAUUGGAAAAGAGAAGAUUUUGCUUGAAAUCGCGCAUAGGUGUAAUCGUAAGGUGCAUGUGGAUGCUCGUAAAAUGGCAGUUUUUCGUGUUCUGGGUUAUGGAGAGAAUGGGGUAUUUACAGAGGAUGAAUGUGAAAGUGAUGUACAUGUUGUUGGGUGGAAUGUCUUGGGUGAGACUUGGCCAUAUUUUAAGCCUAAUUUUGUAAACAUGAAGGAGAUUAUGGCCGAAAGAGGAUACUCUAAGGUUGUGGGUUUUGUUCCUACUGGUUGGACUUAUGAAGUGAAGCGUAAUAAGUUUUCGGUUAGGUCGAAGGAUUCAUUUGAGAUCCAUCUUGUACCAUAUAGUGAACAUUCAAACUAUGAAGAACUUAGAGAAUAUGUGAGGUUUUUGAAACCAAAGCGUGUCGUUCCUACAGUGGGCUUGGAUGUUGAAAAGCUUGAUAGUAAGCACGCCAGUAAAAUGCAAAAGCAUUUUGCUGGGUUAGUUGAUGAAAUGGCGAACAAGAAGGAGUUCUUGAAGAGCUUUCGUCUUGGGUCUAAAGAAGUAGCUGACAGUGUAGAAAAUGAGUCCAACAAGGGCCCCAUUUUGGGGCUCGAUGAGGAGAAAGAGGCACUGUCAUAUGAUAAGGAUAUAGUAGGAAAUAGUAUUAUCAGUUUAGGCAUGGAAUUAUCAUCUUCUCUACAAGAACCUGAUCCACAAAAUCAAGUGCUGUUAAAUGAUGAGGAAGCAGAAAAAAUCGUCCAAGAACUUCGUGAUUGUUUGCCCACAUGGGUCACCCAUGAGCAGAUGCUAGUUUUGAUUGGUAGCACGGGAGGGGACAUCGUUGAAGCAGUUUCUAAUUUCUACGAACGUGAGACAGAAUUUCAUGAGCAAGUAAAUGCUUCUAGAAUUGCUGAUUCUAUGUCCAAGACUACCUCAACUUGUGACUCUGCAUCACUUCCAAAAGCAGGUUCUGAUAAGAGCAGUCCAUGCAGAAGUACUGACAUUCCUUUAAGUCAAGAUUAUAUCUCACUCGUGCCAAGGAAUAUGAUUAAAAGUGGAAUAUCUCCUGGAAAAAGGGCGAGGAAAGUUAACAAUAAGGUGAACAAAAAAUUGAAAUUAAAUUCGAAAUUGGAUUCGGGCGGGCCGAAGCAACUGGCAAUAACAAGGUUUUUUAGUAAAGUCUUACCAAAUGUUCCAGAAACUGCAGUGGCUGGUUCAUUGCAUGAACAAAACCCUAAAUAUGAAAAUUUGCUCAACGAUGACCCCAAAUCAUACAGGGAUGAGAUACAUCAGUUUCUUAAGAUAAUAGAUGGUGAUGAAUCGCUAGAGAGCUAUGCUGCCACCAUUCUGGAGGAGGCAAAUGGAGAUAUCAAUAAAGCGCUUAAUAUAUAUUACUCUAAUUGCGAAGGAAGGUCUGGUGAGAAUGAAGAAGAAUUGAUGGUUAAUGAAAAAUCAGUUCAGUUCCACUGCCACGUAAAUAAUUGCUCUUCCGACAAAGAGAAAACUCAGUCAAGGAAAAUGGAACCAACAACUGAUUCGUCCAUGCAGGUUUCAUUACCAGAGAACGUAAAUAUAACUUUUGUGUCUCUACCACCAGAAAAAUACAAUCCUAUAGAACAUGCUUGCUGGAGGAAUGGACAGAAUGCUCCAUACUUACAUCUUGCAAGAACUUUUGACUUACUUGAGGAUGAAAGGGGCAAGAUAAAAGCUACUUCCAUGCUCUGCAAUAUGUUCAGAAGUUUGCUUGCCUUGUCUCCUGAUGACGUGCUGCCAUCCGUGUAUUUGUGCACAAAUAAGAUCGCUGCUGACCAUGAAAAUGUGGAGCUAAACAUCGGUGGAAGUUUGGUCACAUCAGCACUGGAAGAAGCAUGUGGGACAAGCCGAUCCACAAUAAGGGAGAUGUACAGUGAGCUGGGUGAUCUAGGUGAUGUUGCUCAAGCAUGCCGGCAGACACAAAAGUUACUUGCCCCUCCUUCACCGUUGUUCAUAAAGGAUGUAUUUUCUGCACUCCAAAAGAUAAGUGUACAAACAGGUAUUGGAAGCACUGUUCGAAAGAAAAGCCUCAUUUUGAAUCUAAUGCGCUCUUGUAGAGAGAAAGAGAUGAAGUUUCUUGUUAGAACUUUGGUCAGGAAUUUACGAAUUGGAGCAAUGAUGAAAACUGUUCUACCUGCUCUGGCACAAGCUGUUGUCAUUAACUCCUCGUAUAACUUCAAUAAUGAAGGAAGAGUAGAAAAUAUGAAAGAUAAGCUUCAGCGUCAUUCAGCUGCUGUAGUUGAAGCGUACAAUGUUCUGCCCAAUUUGGAUUUGGUCGUUCCUUCCCUCAUGGACAAAGGCAUUGGAUUUUCUUCGUCAACCUUGGCAAUGGUUCCGGGAAUACCUAUUAAGCCAAUGCUUGCAAAGAUCACGAAUGGUGUUCAGCAAGCACUGAAGCUCUUUGAAAAUAAAGCUUUUACAUGUGAAUACAAAUAUGAUGGUCAGCGCGCCCAAAUUCACAAAUUGGUUGAUGGGUCUCUGCGCGUUUUUUCACGAAAUGGGGACGAGUCAACAUCAAGAUUUCCAGAUCUGAUUAAAAUAGUUAAUGCAUCCUGUAAGCCUGAUGCAGAAACUUUUAUACUAGAUGCGGAGGUAGUUGCAGUUGAUAGGAAUAAUGGUCACAAGCUAAUGUCUUUUCAAGAAUUGUCGUCACGUGGGAGAGGGGGCAGAGAUACAUCAAUUACAUUGGAUAGCAUAAAGGUCGACAUUUGCGUAUUUGUGUUUGAUAUCAUGUUUGCCAAUGGAAAGCAGUUGCUGGGCUUUCCUCUGCGGCAAAGGCGAAAAUAUUUGAAAGAUAUGUUUUAUGUUGAGAAGCUGGGUUAUUUUGAAUAUGCCAAGGAAAUUACAAUUGAAGCAGAUGAUGCUUGUUUAACCAGUGAAGCCACGUUAGCAAAGAUCAGCUGCUUUCUUGAAAAUUCAUUCCAAUCCUCAUGCGAAGGGAUUAUGGUUAAAUCUUUAGAUGUUGACGCUGGAUAUUCUCCAUCAAAGCGUACAGACACGUGGCUAAAGGUCAAGCGAGACUACAUGGAGGGAUUGAACGACUCUCUUGAUUUAGUCCCAAUUGGAGCUUGGCAUGGAAACGGGAGAAAGGCAGGCUGGUACAGUCCAUUUCUUAUGGCAUGUUAUAACCCUGAGACUGAAGAUUUCCAAAGCGUCUGCCGUGUCAUGUCUGGGUUUUCAGACUCAUUUUACACAGAGAUGAAAGGUUUCUUUUCGGGAGACAAGAUCUUGUCCAGAAAACCACCUUAUUAUAAAACCUCUGAGAUGCCUGAUAUGUGGUUUUCCCCAGAACUUGUGUGGGAAAUAAGAGGUGCAGACUUUACAGUGUCUCCUGUUCACCAGGCUGCUGUAGGUUUAGUGCAUCCAUCACGCGGCAUUUCGAUCAGAUUCCCAAGGUACAUUCGCACUGUGGCAGAUAGAAAACCAGAUGAAUGUAGCACAGCUGAAGAUAUAGCUGCAAUGUUUCGUUCUCAGACAAGGAAGAUGGACGUGGCACCUGAAAAUUGAGAAUUUUCUUUAAUUUGGUGCGUGAACUGCUUUCAGUCCAAAGUUUUGUAAUGUUUGUACAAAUAGCAUAGUACGAAAUAUGUUUUGGCUGUAUAGAUUGAAAUGGUUGGGGCUUAAACAGUCAUCCCCUUUGCUUCUUAUUUUUGUUACCUUGUAAAGAUUCAUAGGGAUCUCCACUUCAGCUUUAAAUUAAAAUGCAUCUGCUUCUGCAUAUUCUACAAA